UCAUCUCCUCACUCGCUUCAUCACUUGCUCCUACUCAAGUUUGUUGCUGAGUUAGACUCCAUUGCUCCAUCACCAUGACAUCCCAUUACGGUUCCCGAGCCAGCUACUCCUCAAGCAGUUCUCUGCGUUCCGGAGGAGGAGGAGGUGGUGGUGCCGGGAGAGCCUUAAGUGUUUAUGCAGGCGCCGGUGCACGUGGUGUACGUGUGUCCAGCGGUCCAGCGCUACUUGGCUCUGCAGGUGGUGGUGGCUUCGGGGCAGGUGGUGGUGGCUUCGGGGCAGGUGGAGGUGGCUUUGGCUACAGUGGUUACAGUUCAGGCUUUGGUGGGGCUGGCGGCGGUUUCAACCUUGGGGAUGCUGUCGAUGUCUCGGCCAGUGAGAAGAUGACGAUGCAGAACCUGAACGAGCGCUUGGCCUCCUACCUGCAGAAGGUGCACUUGCUGGAGAAGGCCAACAGUGAACUGGAGCUCAAGAUCCGCCAGUUCCUUGAGGGCAAGACUUCACCCAAGGCACGAGACUACUCUGCCUACUUUGCCACCAUCAGUGAACUGCAGGACAAGAUCCAAAAUGCCACACGUGUCAAUGGAGGCAGUUAUCUCAGCAUCGACAAUGCCAAGCUCGCUGCUGAUGACUUCAGAGUCAAAUAUGAGAACGAGCUGGCCAUGAGGCAGUCCGUGGAGGCCGACAUCGCCGGGCUGAGGAGAGUCCUGGACGAGAUGACAAUGGGCAGAUCAGAUCUGGAGAUGCAGAUUGAGGGUCUGAAGGAAGAGCUGAUCUUCCUCAAGAAGAACCACGAGGAGGACCUCAUCGCUGCACGUUCUCAGAUGAGUGGUCAAGUGCACGUGGAAGUCGACGCCAAACCACAGGAAGACCUCAGCAAAAUCAUGGAUGAAAUCCGCGAGCACUAUGAAGCCGUCGGUGCUAAAAACCGCAAAGAACUUGAUGCUUGGUUCCAGACCAAGAGUGAGGAAGUGACCAAAGAAGUCAGCGCCAGCACAGAAACACUCCAGACCAGCAGAUCAGAGCUCACAGAGCUGAAGCGCACGCUGCAGGGGCUGGAGAUCGAGCUGCAGUCACAACUCAGCAUGAAAGCGUCGCUGGAAAACACGCUAGCAGACACGCAGGCUCGCUAUUCAGCCAAACUAUCAGGCUUCCAGCAGCAGGUGACAAAUAUGGAGGAGCAGCUGAUGCAGCUUCGUUCUGAUCUGGAGCGUCAGUCUCAGGAGUAUCAGGUGCUGCUGGACAUCAAGGCCAGACUGGAGAUGGAGAUCGCAGAAUACAGGAGACUGCUGGAUGGAGAAGGUGGCUCAGGUGCCUCCAGCUCCAGCUCCAGCACUACCACCAAGAGGCAGGUGGUGACAGUGAUAGAGGAGGUGGUGGACGGCAAAGUCGUCAGCUCCAGUUCCAAAUCCACCACCCAGAAACUGUGAGGAAACAUCAAAAACCAGACCAUGAACCUGAACAUCCAAGAAACUUGUGUUGCGACAAAACAUCAAUAAAGUGUUCAGACUCUUAAA